GAGGGAGGGAGGGAGGGAGGAGCUCCUUGGCCCUUGGUUGCAUGCAGUGCCUAGCCUUGAUCCCCACUCCUUCUGCUGAUGCAAGCUGGAAGCUUGGUUGUUGCUGCUGCUAUUCCAUGUUGGUGGUGAAGGAGGAGGAGGCUGGACCUGGGAGGGUUAAAGAUACCCCCCUUUCUGGGAUUGUUUGUCCUUAUCCAGACUUCUGCAGCACCUGGUCUGUCUCCCCAAGAGAGAGACUGCGAGAGGGAGGAAGGGAGGGGGGAACUCCUUGUCUGCACAUUUCAAGGAGUCUCAGGGAAGAAAGAGUUGAUGGCGUGGAGCUCAGUUGAACUAGGAGCAUCAUGUAGUCACAAAUGCCGAGGGGGCUUCCCAUUCCAUGCUUCUGAAGUGUGUUUGAUCUUGGAUCAUCUGUAUUACUCUGCAUUCAAGUUUCUUGUGAUAUUUCAACACUCUGUUAAGAAGACAUUGAAAACAUAAAACAACCAUUUUACAACGGAAUGCAUAAUGGUUGAGGACAUUCUAUCCUUCACAGGUAUCACAGAAAAUCUUAAAGUGGAAUAUAAUGUGUCAGACUAUGGCAAUGAUUCAUUCUAUCAAAAGAGAGAAUUUUACAAUGUGAUACCUGUUUGGCCAGUUUAUAUAGAAGUUAGCAACAUUAUGGAUGACAACACUGCUUCUGGAGAUUUGGAAAACAAGCUAACUCUUUAUCCAGACAUAAACGGAAGUGCUGGGAUUUGGCAACCAAUUAAUAGCACUGAUCAUGUAUCUCCUGAUAGUAUAACAGAAAUUAUCAUCAAUAGUUUUGUUGUCAUAACCUGCCUUUUAGGUCUUGUGGGAAAUGGAAUGGUCAUUUGGCUUCUUGGCUUUUGCAUGAAGAGAAAUCCUUUCACCACUUACAUCCUAAACCUCUCCAUAGCUGACUUCGGGGUCCUUGUCUUUCUAAUUAGCACUGCUGCUUUGGGGAUGUCUGUGGGUCAGUAUAAUGAAAUCAAUAUUCACACUCUUUUUUUCCUUAUUUCUCUGGAGUUAUUUUUUCUCACAUAUUCUGCAAGUCAAUAUUUAUUGGCUGCCAUCAGUAUUGACAGAUCUGUGGCCGUCCUCUUCCCACUUUGGCAUCGAUGCCACCGGCCUCCGUGUUUGUCCCCCAUUGUUUGUACCCUAACCUGGAUCCUCUCUUUUGUGCUCUCUGCAAUUCACUUCACUCUGCAUAGAACUAAGCGCUUUGGCAAUACUCCACUGUUGUAUCCACUUAUUGUGAAUGUUCUGAUUUGCACUCCUAUCAUGGUUACCUCCACUCUGAUCCUGUUCAUUCAAUUAUGGUGUAAAACAAAACAACAUCCGAGGGGAAAGCUUGUCACAUCCAUCUUGCUUGCCCUCCUCUUCUUCCUCAUCUUUGCUUUUCCACUUAAUGUGUUCUAUAUUAUAAAUCAUUAUCACACCUCUCUUCACAGCCUAAUGGUAGCAGGUUUUGUCUGUGCUUCUCUGAACAGUUGCAUCAAUCCUCUGAUCUAUUUCUUAAUUGGGAGGAGACAAAAGAAAGGUCAGCCCAGAGUGUCCGUGAAGGUGGCACUCCAGAGGGUCUUCAAGGAUGAGCAUGACCAUAAUGAAGAACAGAACAAUUCAAGUGUAACCACUGUUUGAUGUCCUGUUAUGGGCAAUGUCCACCAUUACGCUUAACAAUAUCUUAACAUUACUUUGUAAAAUAAAAGGCAACUUUAUAAGCAACAUCAAGAUGCACUUAGGAAAGCCUUUUAAAGAAAUGUUGCAAUGUCUGUACUACAAUAAGAUAACCAGAUAUAUUUCCAUGGCAUUUUGUAUUGCUUCACUAUAUUAAAGGCUGCACCUAACUCAGUAAGACACUCUGUGGGCCAAUUCGCAAUACAGAGUUAUGCCACUGUUGUUCUACUUAAACUGCCAUGGUUUUGUUCUGUACAAUCCUAAAGUUUGCAGUUGGGUAAGAGACAUUUAGUGUUCUCAGCCAGAGAGCUCCCCAGUGCAUCAUAACUACAAAUUCCAGAUUUCCAUAGGGUGGAACUAUGACAGAUAAAGUGAAAUAGCAGUACAGUAAGUGCUAUAAUGGUGUAGUGUAAAUGUGUCCUGUGCCUUUUCUUCUAAAACUCUAACAUUUGCAAUCCCUGCUACUCUCAGUGUUUGCUGUACACUUUGUAACCAGACAUUCCUUAUUGCUGUGAUGGGUAAUAGAGUGGGAGUUCACUCUUUCCAUUGAUUAGCCUAUUUGAAUUAGCCUAUAAAUACCCAUGUAAUAUAGGGAAGCCUGGGUGGUGAAGUGUGUUAAAGCACUGAGCUGCUGAACUUGCAGACUGAAAGGUCCCAGGCUCAAAUCCCGGGAGCAGAGUGAGCACCUGCUGUUAGCUCCAGCUUCUGCCAACCUAGCAGUUCGAAAACAUGCCAAUGUGAAUGGAUCAAUAGGUACUGCUCUGGCGGGAAGGUAAUGGCGCUCCAUGCAGUCACGCCGGCCACAUGACCUUGGAGGUGUCUAUGGACAACGCCGGCUCUUCGGCUUAGAAAUGGAGAUGAGCACCAACCCCCAGAGUCAGACAUGACUGGACUUAACGUCAGGGGAAACCUUUACCUAAAUAUAGGGAAGGUGGGCAGAAGAAAUUGCGGGGGGGGGGGGGGGAGUUAUCCAUUACACAUUCAGACGGUGGAAGUUCAAACAGUCGAGAACAAAUGAAAAUUGAUCUGGUGAAUGUUUAGAUUUGGAAAGUGACAAAUGCUAGCAUCCAGCUGUGCAAAGUUAUGAUUCAGCCUAAAUACUUUGUGUUGUGUUAAGCUUGAAUAAUAGAACUUGCAAGCAGGUACUGAAAUAGGAAACCUUUCUUGACGGAGUCUGGAAAUGCUAAGAGGUAUUCUGGCAGGACAGGGAGUGGUAUACCGAAUCUCUGGUCAUCUUGGAAGACGUAAAGCCUUGUCUUAAAGUACAAUCUGGAAUUUUCCUUUGAAACACCAUCGCUGCUACGAUAGUACCAUUGUUGCCUUCAGAAGAGCAAUUAGUAUUUAGCUGUCGUCAUUACUUCCACUGGAAGGAGGUUACCAAAUCUGGCAGUUGCUGCAGUUUCCAGAGGUUGGGCAAUGCCUUUUUUAUCUGAAAGAGAGGAAAGGCUCUUCCACACAGGCCCAUAACCCAUGAUGAGUCACGGGUUUACCUGAGGCAUCCAAACAACACCUCAGAUAAACCUGAAUUAAUCCAGAGUGAACUGGGAUUUCCCAGUUUACUCCAGAAUAAUUUGGCACCUGGAAAGAUACGGACCCUAAUCUAAGGUCCAAAUCUUUCCAGGUGUGGGCCUGUGGAAGAAUGAAAUAUCUAUGCUCAAUCGUUUUUGUCCCAUGUGUUGCAAUUUCAUUGUUUUAAUCUCCUCAGACCAUUUCAGAGUCAUUACCAAAGGGUAACAGGCAAAGGUCACAUUCCCAUCUGCUCUUUGUACACAUAUCCUUUUUGCUCAUGAAGGCAUAAACUCUGCACAUCAUUUUAAAGGACUUUGUUUUUUGAACUCUAAUAGAAUAACAUCAAGACUAUAGUUUGUCCCACCCAGAGGUGUCUCUUUUACUUCGGAUGACAGGUUCCAAGUUAGGAACAGGACAAAUUUAGGCAGAGGCGCAAAGCAAACACAGACAAAAAUACAGGGAUCAGAAGGAACUCCACAGACAGGAAGCAGAAUUAUCAUAAGCAAAAUGUUCCCAGGGAAAGCAAUCUUUUUCACUUGGGCCCUUUCAUCCAGAACCUGUUUCCCUGCCUUCUCACUUAGUAGUGUUACUGCUUCAUCUUUAGCCAUCCAUCUUAAUUAGAUGCUUAUUUGCAUAAGAGAGUAAGAAAAUGUGUGUGUGUUGUAGGAUUAGGGGCUUUAGCACCUAUCUUUUUGCUUUGAGAAAUAGUUUGUAUUCAAACAGUCUGCUCUGUUGGGAUUCUACUGAUAGUUUUUUUCAUUCUUCUUAAUAAAGAAAUAAUUGAUUUGGCUUAAAAAUCA